CGCUCAUUUACAUAUUCAUAGUGUUCGCCAUUUUGGUAGAUCAAUUUUGACGCUACCAAGUAAUCAAUCCACGCAUUAUCAACAACCAUCCGUCAAUUUAGGAAAAUCCUAAAGGAUUGUUUAUCUCUUUAAAACAUCACCCACUAGAACGGACCCGUAUUACACGGUUCGUUCAUAGGGUACGGUGACUGAAGAUCUUCAAUGAAUUGUCAGGCAAAAUGUCAUCGUUCUCGGGGAUAGGAGGAAAGAAUGACAAGAGCAAGGGCAAGUUCACUACAAUCAACAUAAAUCAAUAUUUUCAAGGGAAACCUACUGCACCAGCAAAAAAUACAGUACCACGACAGCAUGGGUUACAAAGCUUGGGAAAAGUGGGUAAUGUGCGGCGUAUGCCGCCUCCGGCUAAUUUACCAAGUUUGAAGAGUGAGAAUCUAGGAAACGAUCCAAACGUUAAUUUAGUACCAACUGGAGGAUCAGGAUGGGGCAACAAGGAAGAGGAGAAGAAGACACCAACAACAACAACUACAACCACCACCACCACCAAUCAGCAGCAACAGCAGCCGCAGCAGCCGGUUACAACAGCACCAUCGGGGCAAACUGUCAAGACCACUGUUGCUGGGGGCACAACAACAAGUACAAGUACACCUACACCAACACCGACGGGAUCCAGUUCUGCAUCAGGGGGCAAGCCAUCAUGGAGCAGUGUAACUGUUGGGGACACAUCAAGGGGCAAUGUUGUCGGUCAACAGUCGCCAUUAUUUCAGGACGAAUUUCCAACUCUAAAAUCUGCUGGAGAAGAAAAACCAAAAGAUGUCAAAAAGGAAGAAGACAAGGAUACACAAUAUGGACCAGGGCCAAGUUUGCGACCACAAAAUGUAGGGAGCUGGAAAGAAGGAGGAGGUCGUGGCGUCAUGCAACAGCAGCAGCCAAAAGCAGACACACCAUCAUCACAAACUUCGACCUCGCCAAGCCAGACAGAAACACAACAGAAUGGCCCCCAGAUUACCAGUGGUGCCUCGGAGACCCAAACCCAGCAAAUGCCACCUAGACCUGGGUCUGGGCCGGGUCCUUCACAGGGACCAGGAAUGCCAAUGGCACCAAUGGGGAUGCAUCCACAGUACAGAAUGAUGCCACCUUUUAUGUAUGGGAGAUUUCCACCAGGAUAUCCACCUAAUUAUCAAGGCAUGCCACCAAGAUUCCCUUAUGAUGCUAGGUUUAGACCUCAACAUCCAAUGCAACAACAACAAAGGCCUGCAGGAGAUGGUGGUGAGGAUGCUCCUAAGCGGGCAGCAAUAAUUUCAGAUAAAGAUUUGAAAGAAUUUGAGAAAUUGCGCAUUGACCCUGAGGAUGGAUGGGCAGGAGCUCAUGAGGAAAUUGACUAUUCUGAGAAGUUGGUAUUCAGUGAUGAUGAAGAAAACGGAGGAGAUAAAGAGGGUAAAGGCGAGAAAAAAAUCAGGAAGUCAUCAAAGGCAAGUGAAGAGGAGAAAGAAAAAAAUGAUGAUGUUAAGAAUGAUCAUGGGCCACCACAAUCAAGAGAAGCAUGGGGUCAAGGACAAAUACCACCACAAUUCAGAGGUCAGCCACCACCACCACCUAUGGAUGGGCGCUGGCCAAUGAAUCCUUAUGAUUUUAUGGGACCACCACCAAGAGGACAUCCUCCAUAUCCUCCACCUUACAGAAUGCCUCCAGGACCACCUAAUCAGCGUCCUCCAUUUUCCCAGCCUCCCCCAUCAAUGAGUCCUGCAGUUACACCUACAAAAAAGCCAGUAGAAGAUGAUGAUGAAGUGUGGCGACAAAAAAGACAGCAAAGAAAGGAGGAAAAAUCUGAUGCUAUAGAGAGAGCAAGACUAAGGAGGGACGAAGAGGAGAAAAAGAUUGAACAAGACAGGAAGGCUGCAGCUGCUGAGAAGCUGAGACAACUUGAUGAGAGGACUGGGAAAAAGAAAGAGGAUUCAGACAAAGAUGGUGAAUCUGACACUAAAUCUGAGGGGAGAUCAAGUAGAACUCCCAGUGAAAGCAGUGAGAAAGAUUCCAGAGAACGCUCAUACAGCAGAGAACAACAUAAAUUUUCCCCCGGAGAAGGUACUAGCAAGUCAUCUUCAAGAACUGUACCUCCACGCUUCCAGCGACAGCAGUCUGAUCAACAGAUGCCUCCAAGAUCACAGCCCCAACAACAACCAGGGUCUCCUCAGCCACAUCCAGCUCAAAUGAGACCAGGCCAGCCACCACCACCUUGGGGAUUUUGGCCACCAAUGCCUUUCAUGGGUUAUGGUCCUAGACCCCCUAUGGAUAUGUCCAAUAUGCCGAUGUAUCCACCUGUGAGGCGACGCAAUGAUAGUCAUGGUUCAGGAACAGAGAGUCAAGAUAAUGAUGGUAAACAUGACUACGAAAGAGAUCCAAGAGCUUGGCAAAAUUAUCCUGUACCUCCUCAUCCAGGUCAGUUUGAUGGGCGCCCACCAUUCUUUGAUGGCAGGAUGUAUCAAGAUUAUGAUAGAGGUUUUCUAGAAUAUGAUAGACGGGAGCAUGAAAAGAAAGAAAGUGGAAAAGAUAAUAAGAGGGAUCGAUCGUUUUCUGGUGAUUAUGAAGAAGAUGAGGAUCUAGACAGACCUACAAAGGAACAGGAGCCUAAGCAACCAGUCAUACAAAAAGAUCCUUUUGAUGAUACACCUGACAAAGAAAGCAAAGAUGACAGAGCUACUACACCAAGGGAAGAAAAGAAAAAAACAGAAGAAACCUCUAAACCAAAGGUGGAAGAAAGACCAAAAGACAGUUCAGUCAAAGCAGACAAGGAAACAAGUAGAGAAAAGAGGUCUGAUCAUCAGAAAGACAAGGAUAGAAGUAAGGAGAAAUAUGAUAGAAGAGAUCGCUAUGAUGAUAGAAGGCGAGACCACAGAUAUGAUGACAGACAGAGAGACAAGUACGACGAUUCACACAGUAAUAAACAGACUGAUAAUUACUGGAACCCUUCCUCGUACAAUAAAUAUGGUAAGAGAGAACAUCCAGCUUGUCCACCUCCAAUUACACCUCAACAAACACAGCAGGUGCCAUCCAGAGGCAGUCAUUAUACUUCACUCAAAAGAAGUGCAUCCAACAUGUCAAGUGGAGCAUCUACACCUAGUGAUCGCAAGACAGAAUCUCCUAAAGAAUUUGUUGAUAAAUCAGAUUCUAGUAAACCAAAGUCGCUAAGCAAGCAGGAUUCUAAAGAAAGCAAGCCAGUGCAUAAAGAACAAAAACAAGAGAAAACAGAAAAGGCUGACACUGUUGAAAAGAGCAAAGAUGAAGUUACAGAUAAGAAGGAAGAUAAAGAAAAGGCUACUAGAAAAGAGGAAAAAUCUCGUGAGGAGAAAAAAUCUGAAAUUAAUUUGCUAGAUGACAAAAAAGAAAGAAUUCAGCCUCCUCAAAAAAAGAAAAAGGAAGAUCCAUCAGAUCGUUAUAAGAAUACUUCAAAAUCUAGAGAAUUUGUACGAGGUAGAGGUCGUGGUGCUAGAGGACAAUUUAUUAGAGGCAGAGGACGAGGAGAAUAUCGCAGUUAUGAAGGUAGACCUGCACGUGGUGGAUUUAGGCCAGACAGAGGUGGUAGACCAUUUAGUACAGGGAGAUGGGGUGACUUUGAGCCAGAGGAACGUGAUGAGUAUCAACCAAGGAAACAUAGAACUGAGGAAAGUGAAGAAUCAUUUGAGGACUUAAGUGAUACUAGUGAUAAAGACAAUAGAGACAGGGAUCAUAGAAGUGAUCGAGGAUUUAGUAGAGGUCGUGGUAGAGGUGGAGUUCAAGACAGGAGAAAUAAACAAUAUGAAAGUGACCGGAAGAUCAAUCAUUUUGAAAGUAAUGAGAGGAAAAAUGUAUGGCAUGAUAGAGCUAAUAAUGACUUUGACAAUAGGAGACGGGAAGAACGAGGAGAAAAUGGGAGAAGUUCAAGUGGCUUUUCUCCACGUGGAGAACCUUCAAGAAGAGGUCGAGGUGCUUCAUCAUCUACAAGGGGAGGAAGAGGAGGUGGAAGAUACAACUCUGCCCCACCACCUCGAGGUGGAUUUGGUAGACCUCCAACAGCACCAAUGAAUGAUGGUGAAAGAGGAGAAAGACCAAGGAAAGACAAAAAACCCGAAAGAGCACCCCCUCCACCAAGAUUUGCUGCAAAAAGGGGUUUAAACGAGAGGGGGAGGGGCACUGAUCGUGGCAAAGCCCGUGGCAAAGGUCGAGGAGGAAGUGCCCCUCCUAGCAUUGGUUCAAAGCCGCCACAGCUAACACAACAAAACUCCUUGGAAUAUGCCGCAGUUGAGGGUGAAGAAUGGGAAACAGCUUCAGAAAGCAGUGAUUUUUUAGGGAGAAAUGACUCCAGAAAUGAUAGAGAUCAAGAUAAAAGAGAUUCUACCCCUGGAAGAAAGAGCUUCUCGAGCCAGCGUCCUGUAGGUGAUCGCCAGAAUAGAAAAGGUCAAUCAGAUUGGAGGAAGCAAAAUGGUGUUGAUAAUUAUAGAAAUCCAAAUAAAGAAAAAUCUCCAAAUCACCUGACAAAAAACGGGUUAGCUAGGGGUAGCAAUGGUGCCCCGCGGAAAUCAAAUUACUCUAACAAGAAGGAGAAUGUGUCUGAUGUGUACCGAGUUGAUCAUAUGGUGGCUAAUGAUCAAAAUGCAAUCAAUAAUGCAUUCAACAAUUUGAGUUACAAAAAUCGGUCGACAAAACCCUCCGACUUGACAGAUGUAUCAAAACCAUUGAAGCCAGAAGAAAGGAAGGAGAAAAAUGUCUUGGAAAACAUUGACAUAAAUAAUUAUGCUAGUGUUGUGGUCAUUGAUGACAUUUAUGGAGCACCAGUAGAUGACCCAGAGUUCUCCGUUGAAAAUGAGGGCUUUCAGGAAGUGACUUCCAAAAAGGCUAUGAAGCUGAAGCAAAAAGCUCAACAGGAAGCUGAGUUAAAAAGGCAGAUAAUAACUGAAAAACAGAAAAAAGAUGCUCACAACAAGGUUUUGGCCAAACCAAAAGGAGUACAUAAUAACAGUGGAAAGUCUCGUAAAGGUAGUAAACUGCCUCCAAGGUUUGUGAAGCAGAAGGAGCAGAGAGACAGAGAUAGUGAUACUACUAGCCAAGGAUUUGAUAUGAAGGUUGAUAACUGGGACAAUGAUCUUGCCAAUAACAUACCCGCUAUUUCUCCUGCUAUCAACAUGGAAAUGGACACACGUCAAGCCCCAAACAUGCAAGAUCAGACAUCACAGCUAGCUAUGUCCACUCAGAUGACAAUGAAUACUAUCCCUGCACCGUUGCCACCAGUGAAUGCCUGGACUGCAAAAUCCACAAGUUAUGCAGCUGCUGCAGUGACUGGAAGUUCUCUGCCACAGAUGGUGGACAACAAGUUUGACAAGGGAGACCAACAUGACAGUGGAAUUGAUGUUAGUGACCAGCCUAAUUCGGCAGGCUCUUCAACUCGAAGUUCCCCAAGUGCAGAAAAUAAAUUGAGGACGGAGAAGAAGAAUGAACAUAUGAAAGUAGACCAACACAGAGGGGCAUUUGAUUCUCCAAAACCUCAAAGACAACCAAAGGUUGUAAGAAGUGAAAAAGUCAGUGUUAAGGAUACGAUGGAGAGAGACGGAAAAGCUGUAAAGAAACCUGAAGGGUUGAAAGAAAAAUCCAGGAGUGCCGCAGCCAUCGAAAAGCCUGAACCUAUUCAGCUACCACCAAGCUUCAAAGAUCAUUUGUUUAAGGGAGAUGAUAUGAGUGAGUUGAUCUUCAUUUAUGACCAUGAUCUAGCGAAUUAUCCAGAAAACAAACUUGAAGAGGAGGAGAAUGCAGUAACAUCUGUACCCUCAAUGAGUAUCACCAACAGUUCAGGAACUUCACAGUCAGUUGUUACACUGCCCCCAUCUCCAGCCUCUCAGGAUCUUGACUUGAAAAUAGCGUCUGUCAGAGGUUUUUGGGAUGUUGACCAGAUGCAACCAGCCAUGGGAUUUGAUCAAGGAAUGAACAGCAGCUCAGCAUUGGGGACAACUGUAUCAUCAGAAUCAGACAAUGUGAUGGUGACAUCUUCCUAUCCAACAUUCAGCUCAGGAGAUAUGGAUACUGAUAUAGUCGAGCACAAGACAAUGGAGCUGGAUCAGAGACAGGAUGAAAACUCCUUAGUAGGCAAUGGACCUAUGUCAACGAUGUCUCCUAGAAGUCAAGAUGGCAGGAAUUACAGUUCUAACAGCUCCUCUCAGGAUAACAGAAGUUUUAAUGCUUCUGUACAGGACAGUCUCAACUUCAGCAGUCAUGCAUCAGUACAGGAUACACUGGCAUUCAGCUCUAAUGAUACAGAAUGUCUCCCCUUUGUACCACACUCCUCGGUUCAAGAAACCAUGCAAUUCAGUAGUCCAACUGUCUUACAAGACGCUCUUGGUAACUACACCUCUACAGAAGUCAGUUCUACCAUGGAUAUAAAGGCAUCAGAACAAAGUAAUGUUUGUAAGCAGGUAAAACCACAACAGUUACAGCAGCAGAUGCAGGCUGUACAGAUGGCAGUGGAAUUAGAUAUUGCUGAUGAUGUGGAUAUCCCUCCCAGUCCACCAAGCCCACAGUUAGAAAGUAUGAUGUCGCAAGUAUCGCAACCUCCAUUUCAACCCUUUCACAUGGGGACUUCACAGUUUGUUGCUCAAGAUCAUAGAGGAGCACAUUUUGUGGCUCCAGAACCUAGGCAACAAAGUCAUUCUAACUAUGGAUUAUCACAGACAGCAUUGGGACAGUCAGCAUAUGGUUUAUCUCAAUCGGGUUUAGGACAGUCUGCAUUCUCCCAAAAUAGUCUGUUCCUACCGACAACACCAACACCAGAUACAUAUCAGCAGUUGUCCUACCAAAGGAACCAGCUUCCAACACAGCCUCAUGUUCCACCAUUUGGUCAGCCACAGCCGAACACGAUAAUGGUGUCAUCUGCAACUUCUUCUCUGAUGUCAACUAGCAUAAAACCACCAAACCAGAGUACAUACGGUACAACUAUGCAGAAGAAUAUAACACCAAACUCAUUAUCAUUUGGACAGAACAUGAACAACAGUUCAUUACAGCCCUCUCCACAGAUAUCCUUUAUACAGUAUGAUCCAAAUCAGCUGUUUGGUGCCAAUGCAUUGUUGGGAGCUACUCAAACUCAACAGAAUAAUGCAUCUUCACAGUUAUUAGGCUCACAGCUUGUUCAACCAAGACCUGCAGUACAAAAUGUGCAGCAAGUACAGGGAAAUAACUCGUUUUACCAACAACCGCCUCAACAGCAGAUGCAGCAAACCAGUUUUUUCUCACAGCCAAACACAUCAAAUUUCCAGCACAUGAGUAACACCAAGAGACAACAGAAUGAACAGUUGGUAUUGCAAGCUUGUUUACUUCAAGCAGCUGCUGCAGGAGCUGGUUCACAACAGUUCCCACUACAGUUUGGUAAUCAGCCUGGAGCUAAUCUGAACUUAUCCUUCCAACAACCAUCACAGAUGACAAUGCCUCCAUGUCAGAGUUCAUCAACUAAAUCGUCUCAGUUUAAUCCAUCGGGACAGCAGGGCUCUCCACAGAGUACACCUUUGAAAUCACCUCCACAGAGCUUGACACCUACAAAUAACUUUGGAGGUAUAUCUUCUGUUGGACAGCAGAAUCAAAAUUCCAAAUUGUUUGGACUUGGUCAGAAUCGUGCUGGUUCGAAUCAGAGAUUCACAAAUGUGGGCUUUUCAAACUUUGGUAAUAACAUGCCACAGUUUACACAGAAAUUGAAUACUCAAUUUGUGCAGCAACCAAUGCAAACUGGUGGAACAGUCAUAAGACCUCAGAUGAUGUUGAACAACUUCAGACACAACACUCCGACAACAUCAUUUCCUAAUCCAAUACAAAGGCCAGGGCUACAGAUGCCACCUAAUCAGAGACCCCAAAGACCAUUAGGUGUACCUACAAAUCAAGCUGGUGGUCAGCUAAGACCAAAUGCAAUUGUGCCACAACCUGCACCUGUCAGUAGUUCGACAAAUGUUUCUGUAUCGUUGAGAGCUCAGCAGGCAAAACAGCGACAGGAAUUGCUUGCUCAUGCUCAGAGUUUCCUUAAUCCACAGAACAAACCCAGUAUAAAACAGGCAGGCAAAGUGGAAGUGUCAGCUAGUGAUAAAAAGCCAGGAGAAACUGGCGGCAAUAAUGUGAAGCCUGAGGAUGGCAAACCUACUGAUAAGAAAUAAUGUGUUUUAUCAAAUCAUUUUUAUUGUAGAAACAUUGUAGAUGUCUACAUAUUAACUCUUUAGUAGUUGUGUAUUUUAUUGUAUUAUAACUUGACUUUUAUGGCAAAGGAAGGAAAUGAGCUUUAUAAGCAUAAUGGACAAAUUCCAUGAUAUGUUCAGAAGGAACUUUAUGUGUAUUCUAAUGUGGGUGUAUUGCAUAAAUUUUUCAUGCUUGCAUGUAACAGUUUGUAAGAAUUUGCCUUUCUUUUGAUGAAAAGACUGAGCAUGCAUUAUGAUGCUAAUUAGGAAAGAUCAAAAUGAAUAUAACAAUAAAAUUUAAUGACGUAUUACUUUUUAUCCUAUUAAAUCUUUGCAAAAGGUUGUAAAGAUAUUUUAUUAAGUGUAUGAAUCUCAUUUAAUUGCAAUUCAUAUUAAAUAUGGUUUAGUGACAGAAUAAAGACAUUUCUGAUAAAUCAAGGCUAAAAUGUAGUUUUCAUCAUGUUGAUGAAAAUUGUUUUUAUUUUUUAGUAAGAUUGUCUGCUGCUGUUUAUUGGUAAUUAUGAGAGGCAGAUUAUUUUUCAUAGGCAAUUGUGAAUUUGCUUUGACCUAACUUAAUGAUAGUCAUUAUUGCUUGAGUGUUUGUAAAUAGACUUCUAUUCAAAAUGAAAACUAAACUUAUUUUUCAAGCAUAAGCUGUGUAAUUAUGAAAAUGCAGAUAAUAGAUUUAUAAGACAAAUCAGAAGGACAUAUGCAUGAGGUUAUACAAAUGAGGUAACCAAUAAUAGAUAUAAUCAUUUAAAUGACUGUAUUGUCACUCAAACUUCCUGAAUUGAAUUAAAAUGUAACACAGAAUAAAUGAUGAUUUGGAUUUGUGUAAGUUAUGAAGAAAAAGGGAGAUUUUUGUAAACUAAGAAAGAUGUGAUCAGCAUUUGUAAAUAAGGCUUAAACUGAUUGAUCUUUCACAUUGAAAGAAAGGCAUAAUUCUUAGAACAUAGAUUUUUUGUACAUUUUAUAUUGUUAUAUAUUUUGUAAUUUUAUUAUUUAUUUAUUUACCUUGUUGGUAGUAUGGAGAUUUAAUGUAGAUGUUAUUUGUAUGAAAUUUUAUGUCAGAAGUGGUACUUUCAGUGCUGUGAAUAAGGCUGAAGGUUACAAGACCUUGUGCUAAUAAUGUAGCAAGGCAUAAAGUUAGGUUUGAGGAAUGUUACUGUGAAGGACAGAAAUUUAAGAUUUAAGGACUAUAAAAAACCAGGUGGUUAUUUAGAUGAAUGAUGAAAUGUUGGUUUCUAUAAAUGGGUUGUGUAUCUUGACAAGUUAAAUGGGAUGCUGUUAUGAGAAUUUAGGAGGAAAAGGUAAUGCAGAGAUAUUUAUUCUACAAGUUAUUCAAAGCUGAAUGUGGUUUAUGAAACCAAUUCAUAUAACGUUUGUAAACUUUAAGGCUAUGUGCUUUCUUUACCUAGACCAAGCUAUUGAUUCAGAAAAUAAAAAGGUUUACAAGAUAGUUACGGAAGAAUUCUGAAAAAGGUAGAUUAGUUAUGAAAACAUAUAUACAUAGAAAAUGUGAGUCUAUGAAAAUGAUCAGUGUUGACUCUGAACUUUUUUUUAGAAGAUAAUUGAAGCACUAAAAUGGCGAACAUUAUAAAAACAUAAGAACUAGAAAAAUGUUGGAAUUGUCCCCGAAGAUCUAAUGAAACCACUAUUGCCCCAGUGGUAUUCAUCAAUUUUGAAAAAAGCUGGCUUGUCAACAUUAAACUGUGCUGCCCCGACAGUGAUGGUGUAUGACAUUCCUGUAGUUGGCAUGGUGACACUAGACCUGUCUCUUAGCUGCCCCCUAACAAGGCAGGUCAUAGGUCACACAGUGUGAGGUGAUAAUAAUGAUAUAUAGGUAGUUGUUGUUUAUUUCACUUGUGAUGUAUUUACAUUUUUGAUCGUUGUUUGAUUUUUAUUUUAAAAGAAAAAUAGGCACGAGAGGAUUUGUUGAAUGGCCGAAGGCAUAUCACAGAUUUAACCAAUGAGUUUGUGUGUUUGUCUUGAAUGAUGUUUUAUUAGAAUGAUUGGCAUUUCAUUCAUUUUAAGAGUUAUGUUAACUGGAAAUGGUGAUUCUAAAUGUUUCUUGUGACAUUUUUUCAUUUUAUGUAAUCUUUGAAGUACAUUAUAUACAAAAUGUCAAUCAUCAUUAUUUCUGUGUUUAUUUCUUUUUUGUAGUAACUGCCAAAUAGCACACAAAUUGUUUCUUUAAACUUAUAAAAUAACAGUAUAUAUUGAAUUGUGUUACUUGUUCAGCUGAAUAGCUGGUACAAGUUCUGCAUAAUUGCCGUAUAUAUAUUGGGAAAUUCCUCAAUUUCAAAUGCUUUUAUUUGGUAGUAACAGUAAACCAAGUGUAUCAAAUUGUAAAAGGAUUUAUUUAUUUACACCUCGCACAAUAUUGAAUAAAAGUAUUUCAGGUCA